UUCAUCGAGGGAGACUUUGACGCGUACUGCGUGGGCAUGCGCAGACCGAACGCGUGGGGCGGAGAACCCGAGAUACUGAUGCUCACGCACGUCGUCGAGACCCCGAUCGAGGUGUUCAUGCCCGAAGCGGGCGAGUCUCUCAGGUCGAUAGGAGUCUACGGCGGCGAAGAAUACUGCGACGAGAAUGACGGAGAAGGUAGGAUAUCGGUGUUGUUCCACGGUGCUGGGCACUACGAGGCGCUC